AUGGAGCUGCCAACUGCUCCUGACAAUAGCCUAUUCAUGACUACACUUCAAGCUUCAUUUCCUGGAGCCACUGGAUUGAAGUAUAAAAAUCCCAAAACUGGAGCUCUAAGAGCAGUCGCAGUGGAUGCCACUGGUACAAAACUUCUUCCACCAGCUGAUGGUUGGGACGACAAGGUCUUUACCGUAAUCACUCCAAGUGCUCGUGCCGACAAAGGUUCUGAUGUGAGUGUGAAGCGGCGAAAAAUCGGUUCAAGUGAUGGAGAGUCGGACAGUGAUGGUGAGGGUCGUGUCGGCCGUAAGCGUGCCGCUGACCGAGAUUUGGUGAACGAGCGCCAACCCGUUGAUCUCAUCGUGCUGGGCGUGAAUUACAAGACUACUGAUGAAGGAUUCAAAAAGUACUUCGAAACAUUCGGCCCCGUCUCGUUUGCAGAGCUAAAGCGAUCAAACCGCACGAUGGUACAUCUAAAGAUUCGGCUUUGUGCAAAUAGACACAGUAGAAAGCACAGGACAAGGUGUCUGGCACUGCUUGUCAACAUGUUGAUGGUAAGGCUCAUGCGAGGUCCGCAUCACUGA